AUGGAAGAAAAUCCCAGCAUGGAUCUGCCUGGAGCUGGGCCAGCCCAAGGUGAGGUGGAGAGCACAGCAGAGCAUCCUGCACCCCAAAAGCCCCCUCAAGAAACACCUGAGCACCAAGUGACAAGCAGGGGUCCUGAAACCCCCUGGAAACCAGAGGAGGACUCUUUGGUGUGUGAGGCACCAGCAGCUGAUGGAGGAGAAACAACACUGUCAGAUUCAGCUGGCCCCACAGUAGAGGACAGUGCUCCUCAAGAAACUGAAGUAUCACUGGAAGAAUCUGGGAGGAUGAGAGAUGCUCCCUCAGAAAGAUCCCAGGAAGAGGAUGACUUGGAUGAAGCCAGUUUGGCCUGCAGGAAGAUGGUCAGCAAAGGAGACAGUCCUGUCCACCAGGAAUCACAGGAGAACCAGGAAUCACAGGGCCAGUGUGAAAGCUCCUAUACAGGAGAGGAAGAUGCUUCAUCCAGAAGCAAGUCUCUCAGCUCCGACAAUAAAAUGACACAUUCAGAUGUGACUGCCUCAGAAGAUGUCCCCAGGGGCCUGUUGGCAGAGAAGAGCACCAGUGCCCCUGUCCAAGAUCAGGAGCCAGAGGAGCACGAUGGGCAACAAACCCAGGGGAGUGGAUCCCAGGGCACGUUAAGAAGCAGACAUGGGACCAAAGGGCAAGCAACUCCAAAGCCAGAGGAUCAGACAUUGCAGAAUGUCACCACCCAAACCACAGACCAGAAGAAGGCCAAAACGUCCCUCUUCCUGAAAGGGUUGAUGCUCAUGGCCUUCGCGGUUUUCAUCUUCUUCAUAUUCUUCAGUCCCCUGACCUCCAAGUCCCAGCAGGUCCCCAAGAACCUCGCAGUGGAGGCCUUUCUGUCCCAGUUCAACCACCUGCAGGACAAGUUUCCAGGGCAGAGCCCCCAGCUGUGGCUUCGAGGGCGCAAGCUCCUGAAGAAGCACCUCAAUGCCUCCCACCCCACCCAGCCAGCCAUCAUCAUCUUCACAGCUGCCCAGGAGGGUGAGCGGACCUUGCGAUGCCUCAGCAACCAGGUGGCUGGUGCCUACUCAGCUGCCCUGCAGGCUGACGUGGUCCAGAUUGAUGGGGGGAGUAAAACCAGCCUCCAGAGUGACCAGGCCAAGGAGGAGGUGGAUGAAGAGCUUAGCUCAGCUUUCCAGGCUGGGCACCGUGCUGCAGUGGUUCACCGCUUCGAGCUGCUGCCAGCAGAAGCCACCCUCAUCUUCUACAAGUACUGCGACCACGAGAGCGCUGCUUUCAAGGACGUGGCCCUGCUGCUGACUGUGCUGCUGGAGGAGGAGGUGCUGGAGGCUGACAUCAGCCCCUAUCAGGCAGAAGAGAAGGUCCGGGACUUCCUCCGGGACAAGUUCACCAGCACCAAGACCCCCGGGUCCUACAACCACAUGGAUCCUGACAAGCUGAGUGGGCUGUGGAGCCGCAUCUCCCACCUGGUCCUACCCAUCCACCCAGUACAGAUCAUCGAGAAAGGGGCUGCUAAUGUUCCAACCAAAUCCUAG